CGCGAGGGGGAGGGGAGAUGGGGGUGUGCGGCGGACACUGACGCGCAGCUCGAGACGAGACCCGGGACUGUGUGGCGGAAACUGCGCAGCGCCAACGAAUAACAGGCAAACAGUGUUAUUAACCUCAGUUCAGUGCCCCCUAUUUAUUGUUUAUUUGUAUCGGUAACUGUGUUGUUUGAUGUACCAGCAGAUUUUCACUGUAUCGAUUCAGAAAAGUACCUAAAUCGGCAUGGGGUGAGAUAGAUGAGCUGGGAUUCGAACCCGACACGUCACGUGUGCUAAAAAAAAAAAGGAAAAAAAAAAAUCGCGAGCUGAUGUUUAUACUCCACAAGCAAAGUACCUAGUGUACUCAGAGGGGGUCACAUCCCACACCCUGGACACGUCACGAGGCCGUUCAUAAAGACGACGUACCGGAUGCAUACAUUAUUGAUAGAAACUUCAAAGGCGCCAGUAUGCCUGUUAAUUAAGCGCUCCGCACUGCUGCGGUAGGAGGAUCGCAGUGACGAUGCAACACCGACCCGUGACUCGGCCAUCGUUCGGUAACCAUGGCGAGCAGUGAGGGCUGCGGUAGCCGCCAUGUUCAGGAAGCUAGAGUUGGUACAUUCCAUGUGAAAGCUCGUCAGCCCACAGUCCCAGUGUCAUAAAUGUGAUGAAUGAGGUGAUGGAAAUUCACUGUCGAAUUACAGAUAGAUACGGAUUAUUCAGAUGACCUUCUCGACAAUAUAUUUACUUUUUUUAAAAAAAAAAAAUAAAAUCUGUCCAGGGGUAGACUGUAGACGGAAAAAGUUACUGAUGCGAUGGCUGCUCCGAAGAAGGGGGAUCUGACUGCUACAGAAAAGGACUUAUUCCAAGUUAUUGCUGCAGGAAAUGUACAAGAGGCCUCCAGGCUGCUGGGCUGUAAGGAUGUCAGAGUAAACUGUUUGGAUGAGUAUGGGAUGACUCCCCUCAUGCAUGCUGCAUACAAGGGGAAGGCAGACAUGUGCAAGCUGCUGCUGCAACAUGGGGCAGAUGUCAACUGCAAUGAACAUGAACACGGAUACACUGCCCUCAUGUUUGCUGGACUUUCAGGGAAGACAGACAUCACCUCGAUGAUGCUUGAUGCUGGAGCAGAGACGGAUGUGGUGAAUUCGGUGGGGCGGACUGCCGCUCAGAUGGCAGCCUUCGUAGGUCAGCAUGACUGCGUGACCGUGAUCAAUAACUUCUUCUCACGAUCGAAAUUGGAUUAUUAUACGAAACCCCAGGGCUUGGAGAAGGAGCCCAAACUGCCCCCAAAACUUGCAGGACCGCUGCACAAAGUCAUCAUGACUACCAACCUGAACCCUGUGAAGAUAGUGAUGGUCGUGAAGGAGAACCCUCUGCUGAUGGACAUAGAAGGCUUGGAGAAGUGCUACCGCGUGAUGGACCUGGUCUGUGAGAAGUGCAUUAAGCAGCAGGAUAUGAAUGAGGUGCUGGCCAUGAAGAUGCACUACAUCAGCUGUGUCUUGCAGAAGUGCUGCACCUUCAUCAAAGAGUGUGAAGACAAGCUGGAUGGGCUCAUCAAAUGCUUGUUAAAGGGCCGGGACAGCGAUGGCUUUCCACAGUAUCAGGAGAAGUUCAUUCGCGAGUGUAUCCGCAAGUUUCCCUAUUGUGAUUCAACUCUGCUGCAGCAGAUGGUUAGGAGUAUCGCACCUGUGGAGAUUGGUAAUGACCCCACAGCCUUCUCUGUUCUCACCCAAGCCAUCACCGGCCAGGUGGGCUUCAUGGAUGCGGAAUUCUGUACCACCUGCGGAGAGAAAGGAGCAGAGAAAAGAUGCUCCAUCUGCAAAAUGGUGAUCUAUUGUGACCAGGCCUGCCAGAAACUCCACUGGUUCACACACAAAAAGGUCUGCAAGAAGCUCCAGGAACAGAGGGAAAAACAAGAGGCCAAAGCUGCUAAGAAGAUGGAAAAACAAAAUGAGGCCGAGAACACCGAGGCUGUAGAAGAGGCAACCGGCUCCAUGGAGCGCCUCACCGCGGCCGAGGGUUCCCCGUCCGAGUUCCCCGCACAGCCUGACCCAGCCGUCUGUGAUCCCCCUCUAGCUGCUCAGGACUGACCUAGCCUAGCAACAGCGUAGAGGACAAGGAGCCCUCACGUACUGUGUGACAUCAGAUGCGGGGACAAAAAAAGAAAGAACAGCCCGUGAGUGUGCUGGAUCACCGUGUACAAGAACACAUCAACACAUGAGCAACAGCAGACGUCUGUGCUGUUCCAAACCACAGAGGGCACAGCAAGAGCGGGAUCUGCUCCACACCAAAGCACUGCAGCUCACUCAUAUGCCAGGGUUUAAGUUAACAAGAGCUUUUAUUUUAUUUUAUUUUUUUCUCACUUUGUCACUUUCUAAGACUUUAAAUUGUACUUAGGUUAAAGAUGGACAUGUAUUGUCUGUGCCUAGUUUCUUUCUGAUGUCUUUUUCAUACAUUGAUUGUAUAACCCCAUCAAAGUGUUUCACUGCAGUUCCUGUAAAGGUUUGUUUUCAUGAGUACUACAGUGUCACGUUGAACGUAGCUCAUUUGUAUUUACAUGGUUUCCCAUUCUGUUUUCGCUCUAUAGCAUACCUGACUCACUUAAGUUUUACCGAACUUGGGAGUUUGUUUCAAAUGUAGUUUUUCUCACAUUUGGUAAAUGUCAUAUACAACUAAGUUUUAAUUUUUCUAUUUAUGACAGGCAUAACACCAAAUAUUAGAAUGUUUGUGAAAAUAAAAAAGAUGUGCAUUGUAAACAUGUUGCAACAAAGUUUUAUAGUAGGUAUUAAUUAUGCACAUGCCAGUGCUAAGUUUUGUAGUUAUGACAAUGGCUAUAUAUGGAAAUUGUUGAUUUGCUUACAUAAAAUGAUCAUUAUCUGGUCAUUCUGUUGGAGUUCUUGUUUCCCACAGAGUUGUUUUACAUUAAAUCCCUGAUAUAAUUUUUUUUGUCUGAAUGGGGUACUUUUCAUCUAUUCUAUAUAUAGAAUCUUUCAGUUGUUGACAUCACAGUGCUUUGUAAGACCACGUUAAUAUUAAUCAAGAUGCAGUUGGAUUUGUCUUAAAAUAAUGACAGCAAGUUUUAUGUUCAUUGUAUUCUACAGCCCUUUGCUUGUUGUCCCAAAACUCUCAUCAGAUGCCUAAUCCUUAAUAGAGCAGAAUAAAAACGAAAAGUAGAAUUUCCAU